GAAGAGGAAGAGAAGCAAGGGGAAGAAGAGGAAAGGGAAGAGGAAGAAGAAGAGAAGGAAGACGAAGGGAACGAAGGGAGAAGGAGGGGAAAAGAGAACGAGGAGGAAGAGGAAGGGAAGAGGAGGGAAGAAGAGGAGGAGAGAGAGAGAGAGAGAGAGAGAGAGAGAGAGAGAGAGAGAGAGAGAGAGAGAGAGAGAGAGAGAGAGAGAGGCACACAUCACGAACAACAGCAAAAAAGACAGGAGGAACUGAGAGAGAGAGAGAGAGAGAGAGAGAGAGAGAGAGAGAGAGAGAGAGAGAGAGAGAGAGAGAGAGAGAGAGAGAGAGAGAGAGAGAGAGAGAGAAAAGAGAGAGAGAGAGCCUGA